AUGAGUGAACCUGAGCUCUCAACGUUAGUUACAAUAAAAUGCAAACAACAGAAUAUAAGAGCAGUGCGUUUUAAUGUGGAUGGUUCAUACUGCCUGACGUGUGGUGCCGAUAAGAAAAUUAAGUUGUGGAAUCCGCAUAAACAACUUCAUUUAAAAACUUAUGGUGGCCAUGCCAACGAAGUGCUUGACGCGGCCGGCGCAUGUGAUAGUAGCCAUUUUGUUUCUUGUAGCUCAGACAAAUCAGUAAUAUUGUGGGAUGUGACCACAGGUCAACCAAUAAGGCGAUAUCGUGGUCAUGCGAGCACUGUUACCUGUGUUAAGUUUAAUGAAGAAUCAACAAUGGCCGUUUCUGGUUCAGUAGACAAUACAGUUGCAUUUUGGGACACCUUGAGUAGAAGACAAGAGCCAGUGCAAGUGUUAAAGGAUGCUAAAGACACAAUUACUGCUGUACAGGUAACUAAUCAUGAAAUAUUGACUUGUUCAGUGGAUUGUCAUAUGCGUUUAUAUGAUAUAAGAGUUGGCAAAAUGACUUCAGAUUAUAUUGGACAGAUAGUUACGUUUGGUAGUAUCACUCAUGACGGACAGUGUUUUGUGCUAAGUUGUGCUGAUAGCACAGUAAAACUUUUUGAUAAAGAAUCUGGAGAGUUGCUUAACACAUUCUCUGGGCAUGAGAGUAAAGAUUUACUUUUAGAAAAUGCUGUUAACGAGAAAGAUAGUCAUAUUAUUUCGGGCUCCGCAAAUGGAGAGGUUUUGUAUUGGGACUUAAUAAGUAGUAAUUGUACUCAGAAAUUGGUGCACUGUAAACAAAAGCCAGUUGUAUCGUUAAGCCAACACCCAACUGAGAACUACUUGUUAACUGCCUGUGAAGAUGAGGUAAAACUUUGGGGUACAAAAGCUAUGGAAGAAUGA